AGGAAAAUAACCAAACAUUGCCGAAAAAAGGAAAAACAUACUUCAACGUUCUUUAAUUGAUGCGUUUUUAUUCGAUUAUUCCCUAAACCGUCGCUUUUCUUAGUUAAAAUUAUCUUCGACAUAUAUCUUACGUGAGGAAUAUUAAGGUAUUUCAUAUAUGUUAUAAAAUCAGUACGUGGCUUCAUUGGUACACCUGAAAUUAAAAGGCAAACUUCCUUGCAUCGAUUCAGCUAUGGCUACCGACAUUAUAAAAGGGUACUCACAUCUUCAGCAAGAGCUGAAUAAGGCUCGCGAUAAUCUCAAGGAUCUAAAUGAAAAUAUUCGCAAAAUUAUUGGACGUGAUCCGUCGACUACUGAACAGUAUAAUAGCGGGAACAGCUUUGGAGCAUAUUCGCGCAACGAAGUUAGGAAACGUAAUUUGGCCGGAUUUGAACCAGGUAGACGCAUGGAACAAGAACGUCGCUAUUCCGAUGUUGGUGGUCAAAAUCCACCUAAACGACGAGCCGUUGGGGAAACUAAAUCGGUUUUCAGCCGAUUGUCUGGUCCGCCAAAUCGUGAUCUAGAGUACGAAAAACCGAGGAUUCACUCUCGGGUUAUCAAAGAACAACCAACAAGACAAGAGAUCGUUGCUGCUCAGGCUGGCGAUGAACAGUCCCGUGCCCGAAAUCGGCGCAUCUUCGGUUCCCUUCUGGGUACGCUGCAGAAAUUUUCCCAGGAAGAAUCCAAACUGAAGUCGAAGGAAGAGAAAAAGGCUCAGAUAGAGAAGAAACUGGAAGAUCAGCAGAAAGUUGAACGGGAAAAUUUACGUAAAGAAAAACAAUGCUUGUACACCGAUCGAAAACGUCAGCAGUUGGAGAUUCGCGCUUUAGAAACGAAGAUGAACAAAAUGAAAGAUCUGGAAGCGUGGGAGGAAACGAAGAAGCCGCUUGCCAAUUACAUCAAGACCAAGACGAAACCACAUAUGUUCUAUCUUCCAAAAAAGAUGGACUCGAAGAUGGAGAAAAAGUUAAAGGAAUGCCAAGAGGAGCACGCAAAAAUGAUGGAACAAAAGCGUCAAGAGGUCAUGGACAGCAUUGCCACUGUGGAGGCUCGUCUCAAGGCUGAUCUUAAGAAUUUAGAGGAAAAUGCUAACCGCGAUCGAUCAGUUGCCACAGGUACAAAUCUGAAUAACUCGAAACUGGACCGUAUUGCUGCCGCAGACGACGACGAAGAUUACCACGAAGAUGAUCAUGCAAACAGUUCGUAUAAUGACGAUGAUCAUUCCGACGUAGCUGAAGGACCUGCACUACCUUCGGCGUUGGUGGCACCCAAUUUCAAAAUAACUAUCCAUAAUAAUGAGAUUAAGCAAGCCGAAAAAUCAGAAUUAUCUCCCAAUAUAUUGCGUUUGGUCGAUGGAACGGUUUCGUCAUCGAUGAACAUCGAUUCACCGUCGGAAAGUGCUUCCUAUUUGACUCAGGGUGAAAACUUCCAGAUCACAUUCAAAACUGAUCGCAAUUCUGAGUGAUCCGAUCAGUCGCUCUCCGUACUGUCAUCCCAUGCAAACAACAAGCAAUGCUGAAUACGAAGUAGAGGAUUGCCAUCGAUAUACAGUACAAUAAAAGUUAGAAACACAGGGACAGAGAGCGUAUAUGCAUAAGCAAGUGCUUCAUCGAUAAAGAAAAACAAACAAACAGCAUCAGAAUGAGACAUCAUAAGGCAUUGAUUGCCCUUUGUUUGUUUGCGAAAUAAAACCAUUAGAGCCAACCGAAGUUGAAGCACUGACGAGAGUGAAGAGCAGUAAUUUUUCGUUCCAAGCACACAGUUCCGUAUUUCCGGAUGCGUUUUCCUAGUGUACUCAAGCGUAGACUUCAUAAAUAAUGAAGAGGAAACUAUUUCAAAAACUAAUAAUGUAGCCGUAAAGUUAUCUAACAAUGCAGUGAGUAAUAAUAAAUAACUGGUA